AUGAACGCCGAGGAGAAAUCCACCAACGUGAGCAAGUUCGUGCACAACCUCAAGGAAGCCUAUGGCACGGGGACCUCCACCCUCGGCAUGAUCUACAACGCGACAGGUGGCAACCUCUCAUUCGUCCUCAGCAACACUUGGGAGGGCGACACGUGGCGCUCCCCUUACCCUCAAGUUAUCCAGAAUGGGCAGUGGGCCGGGUUCCUCCAUGUCCGGGGCCGCCUCAUGGGCCCAUCUAAGGAGGCAAUCGUCUACAGGGGACAGAACAACGCCGCUGCCAACCGCGACUGGAUGCUCUGCUGGAACACCACACGCAUGAACUCCCAGAACAACGUCAGUAUCCGCACGGCUGGUUCUUUCGGUUCGGCCAAUUGGAACACGGUCGACAAUAACAUGGACAGGAAUACUAACAACUUUUCGACUACUAUGAAUGGAGGCUUUGCGAGCGUGUCAAUUGGUGCCGGGAGCUCGCCUGAGUUCGUGGGGAUAAUGUCUUUGCCUGGCGUGGCCGCAAGGGCCUUAGCCAUAGCACAUGAUAUAAGUGAGAUAUUCCCGUCCCUCGACUCCAAAUACGAUGAGCUUGACGGCAAAGAUGGUGGAGAAGAGCAAGAUUCUGCAACUGCUGCUGAUGAUGAUGAUGCUGCUUCUAAAGCUGCUGAGUAA